GCGUUCUAUAGACAGCGGGAUAAGAAGUCCCCACAAAAAGGAGCGGCAACCCACUGGGGGUAAAACAUUUCAAAAGAUGGCAAGCGUCCUGCCACUGGUGCCGACGGCACAAGCGGACCUGAAGCGCCAGACUAGCACUCCUGAGGUGGCACUCAUGCGCAAGCAACUCGAGAAGAUUCAGCGGGACAUGGAAGUCCUUGUGUAUACGCUGGCCGCAACUCGAGAGUGCUAUGAACCAGAGAGGCAAUGUCACGAAUGCCUUGGUGGCACAAGUGCGCCAUCGACAGCCGAAGGCUUUGACGAUGAAGGCACAGACGACGGUGAUUCCAAGGAGCGGCGAGAGUUUGACGAACUCAUGGAUCAAAUUCAAACGCUGCAACAACAGGUAGCGCUCCAGACUCAAGCCAGUCAGCAGCUGCGAACUGAAAACGAGCAACUUCAGGCCGAGUGCGCGCUGCUACAAGAACAACAGCUUACCGACACAGACAACCCCGAAGACGCUUCACCCGCGUCUCUAAAGCUCACCGACGCCGAGGUGGCUCGACUCGUCCAGCUCUCCAAAGACAACGCCGCCGACCUCGAUGCUCUCCAACAGCGACUCGAGGAAGUUACCCGAGAACGCGACCAUUUACGCCAGGAACGCGACACGGCACUGUUGUCGGCGGAGAAGGCAUGGAAGGAGAACGCGACGCUUGCAGGUCACACCAACCCGGGCCAAAAGAUCAAGUACGUGCAGCAGCUCAAGGACGAAAACAACAAGUUGCACCAGCAACUACGGGACGCGGAAGCAAGGUUGGCAUUGCAAAGCAAGCGGCAGCCUCUCACGAAGACACCUGUCGGAAUUGCCAAUGGCGAAUGGAACGAUGUGAGCAGCAAUACAAGCGAAGCGACGACGGUCGCGUCGACGACAACCCUCAAACCGUCCAAGAUGUUGCGCAAGAAGGUCUCGAACGGUGGGAAAAGCAAGAAAGGCCCGGCUGGUCAAGGGUCGGCAGCAGCGUCUCCAUGACACGAUGAUGCGUUCCCGAUAGAUGAUGGCGAGACUGCCUUGAUGGCUGUGCGACUCCGCCAAACGCUGUGUGGUGGGAGGAAAGGAGCAGCAGCAGAUUGUCGGCUACACGUGAAACUAUUUUAAUAUUUACGUAUACUUGGAUCUGGUGAUGGCAA